AAGUGACAUCACAAGGGGAGCCAAAUUUCAAUAAGUUAUUUUUUACAUGCUUGCAGAGAAUGGUUUACCAAAACUAAGUUACUGGGUUGAUCUUUUACACAUUUUCUAGGUUGAUAGAAGCACUGGAGACCCAAUUGUAGCACUUAAACAUGGAAAAAGUCACAUUUACGAGAUAUGUCCCCUCUAAAUUUGAAAAUGAAAGUGACAACUUCAUGCUGCACAACACUGACAGGAUGUUCUCACUUGUUCAGUUCUUCUGCGACAGUUGAUGAAGUGUUCAAUAUGGAGUCCGAAGGAGUGAUAGAAGUUGCCGCUUUAGGGAGACCCUUUCAGCUGGGGAUGCUCUACGACUGCAGGAAAGAUGCUCUUGUGCCAGGAAUCACAUUGUGGAAUGAAGAAAAGCUCAAGCUGAGUAUUCGAUCUCAUGAUCAAAUUAAUACAGAUUUCAAAGUUACAGCUUCAGACUCUAUUGAAGAAAAAUCAAACUUAUUGAACAUUGAAGCCUCUAUGAAAUUGAGUCUGUUGGGUGGAUUGAUCAGCGUAACCGGUGCAGCAAAAUAUCUCAAUGACACCAAGAAGUCUUUCAUUCAGCAGAGACUGACUCUACAUUAUCAUUCAACUACCAGGUUUGAUGCACUGAGCAUGAACCAUUUAGCAUCUGAAAAUAUAGCUCACCAUGAGGUGUUUGAUCACGAUACAGCGACACACGUGGUGACGGCAGUGCUGUACGGAGCUGACGCCUGCUUUGUGUUCGACAGAGAAGUUUCUUCAGAUGAGGACAAAACUACAGUGGAAGGAGAAGUAAAGGCAGCGUAUGAAAAACUCAAAAUCAUUACAGUAGAUGUAGACGCAAACCUAAACAUGAAUGACGUUCAGAAGAAUGCGGUGCAAAAAUUCAGUGUCACUUUCUAUGGUGAUUUUCAGUUGCCGUCUAAUCCGACUUCAUUUGAAGAUGCUUUGAAGGUUUACGCUGAACUUCCCAAACUGCUGGGAGGAAACAGAGAUCUUGUGGUUCCACAGAGAGUGUGGCUGUAUCCUCUGAGCAAACUUAACUCGAGAGCUUCAAAACUUCUGAAGGAAAUCAGCAUUGAUUUAAUCAAUGACAUAGAAUCAGCAUUAGAGAGUUUAAAUACAACUGAGAUGAAAUGCUGUGAUCUUCUGAAAGACUCUCCUGCUUCAGCUUUAACUUCAUUUCAUGAUAAAAUACUGCAGAUGAAACAGAACUGUUACAAAUACAAGUUGAGUCUCAUGAAGAAACUCGGCUCUCUGUUGCCUCAGAUCCGUGGAGAUAAGAUUGAAGACUCAGCACUGAUAGAUCUACUGAAAGAUCAUCAUGAAUCUCCAUUCAGAGAAAGUGAGCUUGCAGAAUGGCUGAAGGCGAGAGAGGAAGAGUCUGAGAUCAUCAAAACACUGCUCAGACAACUAAUUGAUUCUGGUGCAAAAGUAGAAAACAACCUAGAAGCAAUCUUGAUGGAUCUAGAUGUUAAAAAUGUUGUCAGCUACACAUUCACAUCAUUGGACUGGUCAGAUGUGCUCCUUCCUAAACAAUUGACCUAUCUAAGAUCUUCAACAAUGAGAAAUAAAAAUGACACUGACUCCAAGAAGGAAACAUCAUGGCUCACCCCUGCCAUCCACAAGACUAUGAGGAGCAACUUGGAGAUGUUUAAGAGCUUGAUUGAUUCAAAAGACCGCAAACCAGCCAAGUUUAUUGUGUCAUCAUUACAAAUGAAGGAUCAUCCAGGUUCCUGCAUUCUCCUGUAUGAAGGUGGAUGUGUUGAAGCUGUUUGCUUCACUCCUCCAUCACGGCCAGCUCGUCCAAUCACAGCAGAGGUUAAAGGUGACAGUGUGGUUAUUGUGAUGCCCUCAACAUGUCCUGCUACAGAGGAACUCAAGUUACUCUACAAAAUAAAUCAAGAGAAGAUCUGGACAUCUCAACCUGUGCUAAAGGACCAACAUACUGUAACUCUGACUGAUCUGAGACCAGGCACUGAAUAUGAGAUUAAAUGUGCAGCGGUGGGGAAACUAAACUACACCACUGAAUCUGAUGUGAUCAGAGUUAAAACCGAGGGGAGGAUCCGUCCCUCUAUGGGAUAUUGCGUUUUGAACCGUGAUGAAGAGAGCAGCUUUUUGAAUGCACUUCUGCAAACCCUCUAUAUGACUAAAGAAUACAGAGAUCAUGUUAUGAGACUGAACACAGGUGGUGGGUCUACUGAGGAUAAGUUCAUUAAAGAGUUAAAGGUGUUGUUCGAAAACUUGGGCAAAAGGCAGGGGCCGGUCUCAACACAAUCAACUCAAGACACAGUUCACAAGACCUUUGCAUAUGUCUGGUUUCGGAUAUUUAGAGAUGAAGAUGAUUACCCAGCAGAAUGCCUCUGGAAGAUACUUCAGGUGACUCGCUCAUCUGAGAUUUUUAUGUGCGAUGGGAACCUUGAUACAUCAUGUUAUUCAUGCAGAACUCUUUCAAUAACUGGAAUCAUCUCAGUCACUUUUGAAGAAUUUCAAGAUGUGGAAGAUGCUCUACAGAUAAGAAAAGGAUUCAUCCAGCAGUUCUGUUCUGACUGUAAUAAACCUCUGAGAACGAAACAUAAGAUCCACUCACAAAAAAUAUUGAUUGUACGUUUGAGGAGAUUCAAAGAAGGAACAGUGGAGAAAAAUUAACUGGAAGUGAUCAUUCGUCCUCAUUUGAAGAUUUCCUCUCAUGAGUUUGAGCUCUAUGCCAUAAUAAAUUACUAUGGCUCAAAACAAAGUGGACACUAUAAUGUAGACAUCAAAUGUGAAAAUGAACAAUGGUAUCGCUUUGAUGAAAUCCAAGUGUGUGAGAGUUUUUUGAACAAUCUUUCACAAAGAAACGAGAACUUCGUGUACAGGUCUUCAAGUGCUUAUAUGCUCUUCUACAGACCCAAUAACAAUUAAUGAAUGCCAUCGUGUGAAUCGCUCAUGAAAGAAGAUGAAGGUCUGGACUGCAUGGACAUCAGAUGAAAUCUAGAAGAUUUAAAACAUUCACAAAAUGCAUCUCAACAUAUAAUCACAGAUGCUUUACAUUGCAUGCCUUUAAAUAUUAUUGAGUUGACAUUAUUUUUACAAAUUACCUUAAAAACAUAAUAUCUGUGUGUUAAAUCAAAACAUUCAUACAUUGUGUUUAAUGUUUAACAAAUGUAGGUUAUAGCAGUGCAUUAUAGACUAAUCACUUUUUAUAAAAUACACAUUAUAAUCAACAUUAUAGAUCAAAUAUACUGAAUAUCAUUGAGUUUUCAAAUGAUUAGUUGGUUGUUUAGUAAUAAUAAUAAAAUAAAUAGUAAUAAUUUAGUAAAUGAACACAUACAUGUUAUCAGCUGGUGGUAUUUCUCUUUAAAUUGAGACUUUAAAACUUUGUGUCUGAUGAACAAAAUUUAAAAUUAAAUAAAAAUGUGCUCUUGAGAUACUUUGAUAUCUUAAGCCGCUCAUUCUGCUGCAGUGAAGUCAAACAAAUAUGUUUUUAUACCAGCAAAAGCAGAAACUGAGUAUAACCUGAACAUGACACCAUUGACAAGCAACCCGAGGUGAAGAUCCUCAAGUAAAUAAUGUUUUUAUUAUUGUGUUUUUGUUUAUUCCUAAUCAUUUAUUUACAUUAUCCUUUUAUAAUCAUUAAUUAUCCAAAUAAUUGUUAAUUUGAUUAUUCAAUAUUAUUUUUAUUAUUAUCAAUUUUAUCAUUAUCUUUUUUAUCAUUAUAUUAUUGUUUUUUCAAUCAUUAUUAUAUUUCUAUAUUCUAUUCAUUUAUAUUGCGUUUACAUUCAUUCAUUAAUUUUAUUUCUAAAUUGUAUUCAUUUAUAUUGUCUUUUCAUUUAUUCAUUAUAUUUCUAUAUUUUAUAUGUCUUAUUGAUUUCAUUGUUGUUCAGUCUUUUAGUUGUCUCACAUUUGUGAAGUUUCAUGAGCUGUCCUGUCUGUGUAAACAGAGAUAAAGAGAAUGUUUAUGGAAGCUCAAGGUUUGUGGGAUGUUCCUGUGAAGCAAUUUUGCUAUAACAGUGUUGAAUUCAUGCGGGGUUAGACGAGGUUUGUACAUUAGCCGCUUUUGCACUAUCGGGCCUGUGCGAGCCAGGGCUUCAAACGGGCCUCACGGAGCCAAUAGCCUCAGACCUCCAGCUGUGUAGCCAAAAUCACGACGCGUUUGCAUUGUCAAGCCAAUAGCGCCGCAGCGCUUCAGAAAACCCCGCCCUUAAUACGCCUACCUGGAUGUAACGUCACACAACUCCGCCUGUUUUACCGUGAGGAUGUCACUUCAAUCUGACAGGAGACGGGAGUGAGAUCGCAUCAUCAUACAACAAACAAAGAACAUAACUGAGGCGGCUGUUUGCACGGUGAAAGCCAAGAUAAGAAGAUAGAUGUUUGCUCCAUCCGCGGUGUUACUCUUGAAGUUUAUGUUGGCUGCACACGAGCGAUCUCAGGACGGGACAAUAUCAGAUCAAUAAGCUUUAUGAAGUAGGAUAAUUACAAAUAAAGCAUUCAUCUACCUAAUGUGCCAUUAUACUAUAUACACAAUAUUUUAAAGAAUAUAACGAGUCCUAGUUUUACAUUUAUGUAAAAUAAUCUUAUUUUAAAAUAUGCACGUGUGUCUAAAUAUGUAACGUUAAGUUUGUAAUUAUAGUUCUAUGGCGAUGUAAACAUACUUACACAUUAUAAGAUAUCUUUGAUAUCUUUAAUCAUGAAAACGUUAGUUGAGCAUCACAUGAAACACAAGGUAACUGUCUAAUAGCUAUUUAAAUAAUGUGUCAAUCAAUAA